AUGUCCCUCUUCUCAUCCCAAACCACCGAUCUCAACAUGGCCUUGUCUUUCAAAGAUGCUCUGACUCACCUCGAGAAUAGUCGAGUGAAGUCUACAAGGCCCCUCAUUCCUCCCCAAAUUCUUCAAGAGGACCUACCAUUGACAUUACUUGCUGCUCAAACCGUGCUCCAUGGACGUCUAGCAACAGAAAAUAUACUACGUGGCGACGAUGACCGACUUGUCGUCGUAGUCGGCCCAUGUUCGGUUCACAACGUCGAAUCAGCAAUAGAAUACGCCAAACUCCUCAAACAGUAUGCUGAUGAUGCAAAGGACGACCUGCUCAUCAUCAUGCGGGUGUACUUCGAAAAGCCCCGAACCACCGUGGGCUGGAAGGGCCUCAUCAAUGACCCCGACCUCAACGGCAGCUUCCAGAUCAACAAGGGCCUGCGAAUAGCACGUUCGUUGCUCUUAGAGGUUGCCAAAAUGGGCCUGCCAGCCGGCUGCGAAUUCCUGGAUACAAUUACGCCCCAAUACACCGCUGAUCUGGUGGCUUGGGGAGCUAUAGGCGCUCGUACAACGGAGUCCCAGGUGCACAGAGAACUCACAUCUGCGCUCUCCAUGCCCACCGGAUUCAAAAAUUCUACUGAUGGCAGCGUGGGCAUCGCUAUUGAUGCCUGCCGUGCUGCUCGGUCCGGCCACGUUUUCUUGUCUGUGGGUAAGGAGGGGCUUAGCAGUAUCGUUGAAACCACGGGCAAUCCUGAUGUCCAUGUGAUCCUCCGUGGUGGUGCAGGGGGCCCCAAUUAUGCUGCCGAGUUCGUACGCGAUGCUGGCGCCAAGCUAGCGAAGGCUGGAUUGGCGCAAAAAGUGAUGAUUGACUGCAGUCACGGAAAUAGCUCCAAGCAGCAUCAGAAGCAAGUGGAGGUUGCCGACAACAUUGCACAUCAACUUGAGGCCGAGGACACAUCCCAUAUGAUCAUGGGAGUAAUGAUUGAAUCAAAUCUCGUGGAAGGCCGCCAGGAUAUCCCAUCCUCUGGGCCGUCAAUGCUCAAGUAUGGCCAAUCGGUGACAGACGCAUGCAUAUCUUGGGAGACGACUGUUCCGGUUCUUGAACGCUUGCGACAGGGUGUACGCGGCCGUAGAGAACUUCUCAAGAAACAGGCUCGACCAUAG